UUGUUUAUAAUAUACAAAAAAAUUAAAAAGUGCCUACAGAUUUAUUGCUUUGAUUGACUUCUUAUCUAUUAAUAUAAAAAUGUGAAAUUAAUGAAUAAUUUAUGUUAAUUUUUCUUGCUUCAAGUAUUGCUUAAUUACAGUGUUAAGAAAAAAUUGCAUUGCUAUAAUUAAAAGUAAAAUUGCAGCAAAAUCUAGUUUUUAAUUCCAGUUCGGAUAAAGAACUAAUCGCACUAUAUUAAAGCGCAAAGUUCAUAUUAACUAAAAAUAAAACGAAAUGUUACUGAAAAUACGACACGCAUUACUUGAGAUUAACAAUUAUCCAAAUCCGAAAUUAUCCGCAAUUAUUAUCAACAAUGAAAUUAUCAUAACGUCUGGCUGCAUAUUGAAGCAUUUUGUGCGUCCACUUCCAACAACAGAAGUAAGUGACUCCAGCGAGGGUGCAUGUCCAAGCACAAAAAUAAUACGUAAACUCGAGCGUUGUGAAAUAAUCAGUACACAGGAUGGCAGUGAUGAAGCGCAACAUCUCAAUGCGCUCAGCUAUCAAGUGACAUUUGAUCGCCAGAAGCUACCAGCCACUGCACGUAAUCAACAGCCACGCAUAUUGACACGGUACUGUGCUCGGCCAUUGUACAUGUUUAGUUCGAAUGAAAUUACCCGUCAGUUUCAUAAUUUUCUGCAAAAUGCCGCCGUACAAGUAGACGGACACAACGAUGUGCUCCUAUCCAGUUUCUUGGUGCUGACUAUGCGCACCACCAGAGAACAGGAAAAGUUUGAACGUUUUCUAUAUCAUAUUGGUCAUUAUUUGCGCUAUUUGCAUCCCAUACGUCCUUUGGAUGAUGUCUUGGCUAUGUGUACGCCUUUUGGCGAGGAAAACUUUUAUAAGUCUAUCAGUAUUGGCAAAGUUUCAAAUGUGAUUGGACGCGAUGGCAGUUUGUUUGUUGUUUCGAAUGCGUUGCCUCAAGGCUGCGAGGGAUCCGCUGUGUUUAAUAAUAAACUACGCUUGAUCGGUGUUAUUAUAUGUACCACAUUUAUGCGCAAUGAUGGAAAUGUUAACUUCACCAUAGCAGCCAGUUUCGCAUAUUUAUUACGGGACUUUAUGAAGCAACUUGGUGUUAAAAUAACAUCCAUCACAGUGCCCAGAGAGCCAAGCAAUUUCUCAUGGGAACGUGCAAUGGUUGCUAUUGUGGCUGAUGGAAAUCAAGGGACUGGCACUUUUGUUCGAGUUCAGCAGAAGAAAUUUAUUUUGACCUGCUCACAUGUUCUUUACCAGAAUAGCGAAAAGGUACAUUGUCGCAGUAUAGAUGGAGUAUUUGAAUCAGAUGUUCUAUGGCAUAAUCCACAUAGUAAUCAAGCCUUCGACGUAGCCUUACUUUCUGCGCCCAGUAACAUACCAAAUCGGUACUUUGUGCGUUUGUCUAGCAGAAAACCAUCGUUGGGUCUACAAAUCUAUAAUGCUGGAUUUCCGUAUUUUGCUAAUGUAAAUUUUGAUUCCGACUUUAAUCCUUCGAUAUUUCAAGGACGCAUAAUAAAAUGUUCUACCGGUGCUAUAGUAACCGAUGGUUGUGUGCAGGCAGGCCAGAGUGGUGGUCCGGUUUUUGAUGAAAAUGGUUGUGUACUUGGCAUUUGCAUAGCAAAUACUAAAAUUGAUAAUGUCAUAUAUCCAAAUAUCAACACAGCUGUACCAAUUUGUGAUAUACGCUUAAUACUGGAAAAUUUUGCAAAAACUAAUGAUAUUACGGUUCUCAACAAUUUAGUUGCAAAUGACGAAAUACAGCGUGUGUGGUCUUUACAAACACCACCAAUUUUAAGUAAAUUAUAAAAUGAUAUAUACAUUUUGAUAUAUUCUUAUAUAUAGUAUUAAAACAUUCCUUACACAAAGCCACAAAUCGUUGGUUUUUACAUAUAUCAUAUGACAAUUAAUAUAAAGGAAAUUUAUUAAUUAAUCAAGAACUGUUUAACAUUAUUAUUUGGUGAGAUUUGUUUAUUGUUUUUUUUUUUAUAUUUGUUAUUUUACGUUAUGUAUUUUAAAUUAUUUUUUUUAUACCGACAAUAUAUUUUUAAAUAAAAUAUAAUAAAAUAUGGAUUUUAUGCAUCAAAAUUAU